AUGGUUUUCCUUCCUCCUUGGGCCUGUGUCAUAGGCUUUUCUGUUUCUUUAGCAGGAGCAUCCAGUCUCUCAGACCUGUAUCCCCCUCUGUGGGAGGAGAGUCCUGGUCAAUUCAGUGACUCCAGGGUGGAGAAUGGAAAGUACAUUAUUGAUCCCUGGGUAUACCCUGAGAGAAUGGGGAUGUAUAAAAUCCUAGUGAAUAAGAUAGCCAGUUAUUCUGAAAAAUUUGCACCAGAAAAUAAAAACAAUACUUUCUGGGGAUUGCCUCUGCAGCAUGGCUGGCAGUAUAGUACAGGCAGAUUAGCUGAUCCCAGCCAAAGGACAGACUGUGGCUAUGUAUCUGGAGAUCGUUCGUGCAUCUCUAUGGACAGUUGGUGGGCUGAUAUGAAUUACUUUCUGUGUGUAUUACCCUUCCUUGCUGCAGUUGAUUCCGGCAUAACGGGGAUAUCAUCAGACCAAGUCACGCUUUUGCCACCACCCAAGGAUUAGAUGAAAUUCUGUCUUAAUGUUUCUAGUUGUCAGCCAUCCUUCCCUGGGACAAUGAGAAAGUGGAAUGACCUUUACCAGCAUUUGCAGUCACCUUCUCAUAGCUUCGAUGACCUGCUGAAGUACUUACGGGCUACACAUACCUCAUCCUUGGAAGAUGCUUAUGGAAGUUUUGAAGAUAGGUUAGAAUAUUACUUUAAACCAGAAGCAGAUUUUGGAAGAAGUUGGUUUGUGGCUUUGAACUAUUUAGCUGCACCUCGCUUUCCUACAACCUUGAUUACAGUAUGUAAAUUCCAGAAGGGUCUGCCACCACGAAUGCUUGUUAAUGGGGAUAGAGCCCCCUUCGUUACCGACUUUACUAACUUACAGAACGCAGUCCUGUUUGGUCUACAUCUUGUUCACAAAAUGGAUGACUCUACAGACAGUCACAUAUUUAUCAUAUUUUAUAACCACUUAAGAAAGUCCUGUAUUGGGACAACUACCAGGAAGCGCUAUGCUUUGGGAGCAAACGCCGACACAAAGGUUUCCCGGAGGACUGAGCUCGCUGAGCGGGCGCGGCCUAGCUCCCGCUCUCAAGUGAACCUUGUCCACUGGACAGGCCUGGACACCCUCACGAGGCCGGGUCCAGGCGACCCCUCCAGUCGCUGUGGCCUGGACGCCAAACCAGGCCACGCCGCGGGGCCGGGAGUCUCCCGGGGCCCCAGGAGCGGAACCACAGGCACGUCCUAA